AUGUUUUUUAAAUUAGCCAUUAGUAUAUCAAACUCUUUCUUUAAUCAUGCAAAAAGCUAUAAAAAUAUGAUAACUCUUUGGGUGAUAAUUUUCUCUUUAUUUGUUUUUGACUGCUACAUUUUCGAGAAACAUCUAAAAUUUUCAUUAAGAGAAAAGCUACCAACUAUGUUAUUUCUCUUAUUUGCUGCAAACUACAUUCCUUUAUUGUUGUCACAAAUAAUUAGUAAGUGAAUUUCUGCUCUUACAAAUGAAAUUGAUGCAGAUUUUAUACUUACACCUAUUGUUUGAUUAAAUCCGAUAUGAAAUUUAACUUUCGAAACGUUUCAUUAUUUAUUUGAUUUUAUUUGAAGCUUAUUUUGGAUUUUUGGUAUAAUGUCUCUGUUAGGAACUUAUAGUUCAUCAAAAUCUACUGAUAAUCUUAUAUAGAAAUUUAGGUUGUUUACAUUCAGCUAUCAUAUAAAUAUUCUUUCAGAGCAAAUAGUCAAAUUUUCAUAAGCGAAAAAAGUUUCAAAAAUUAAAAAGUUCUAAUGGACUAUAUCAUGCUUUUUGGCAAUGGCAAAUGCGAUGUGCUUCUUAAUCUACUAUAUCUUCUCAAGUGAUGAAAAUGUUUUGAUCCUUUAUCUUACAUUUUUUACAAUAUUUAGUAUGACUUGGAUAAAUAUUUGCAAGUCAAAUAAAUUAGAUUAGAUUAUUGAUAGGUAUUUUAAGUCCCUGCUUAACUUUUUGCUCUGCUUCACGGUCGUUUGUUGUGGAUGGCAGAGUGCUACCGUCUUGCAGCCUAUGCCGAAACCCCAGCUUUGCGGUAAAACAUAUGCUCAAAGGUCCAAAGGAUUUGCUGAGUGAUAGACUCCUUAAUGGUGCCAGCCAAUUGUUAAAUUUACCUCAUCUUUUUCCCAGGCUGCUUAAGAAAAAACUAGCACCUUUCGUCAUUUGGGGCAAAUUGCCAGCAGCUUGAGAAGAUAAUCCACUCUGGUCUACGAUUGACCACCUCUUGGCUUUAUACUGUUCGAAAAAAGAGAUUCAAUUAACGUACCUUAGGCUCGGACUCAUUUAAGCUGAAAAGAGUCUUAUGUCUCUGUUUCGAGACUACUGACCCUUGCUGGGCUAUAAGAUCACAAGAGACAAGUCCGGUAUACAUAAGGAUACCGUCUCUAAGAGGAAGGGUUGUCGUCUCUGGCCAUUUAUGCAUGCAAAUCAAAAAUAUACUCAAAUCAGCUGGACUUGGCCAUGGCCUGAUACAAUUUAUUAUUUUUAAUUAAUACACUUUGAACGAUAAAAAUACUUUGCUUACCAAAUACAAGUACAUUUGACAUUCUUAAAUUUAUUUUUUAUCUUGUAUCAUAUCUUUGAAUAACAUUUUUUAUUUUAUUUUUGUUCCUAAUAUGCUAUGUAUCUCUUUUUGAAUAUUUGCAAACUUUAUUCAAUGAAUUUAUAGAACGAUUCAAACGAGUUCAUGAUUUCGAGCGAAAUUAUCUAACUUACUCAUCUUUAUGAGCAUCAAUGCAACGAGAAGUCAUAAUUUUAGAGGAAAUUUACACCAAAACAAUUAUUUAUAUAAAGUAUAUUUUGGACAAUUAAAUUUAUUAAAUACUCUCGAAUGGGUGACCUCCAAGAAAGCAGUAAGAAUUUAACUAAUUGCCAAUGCUUUAUUCUUAUUAAUUAUUUAUAACUUUAAUAUUUUUUUUUAUUUAUGUUCCUAUACAGGAACUCCAAUACUUAAGAAAAAAUUUAUUUUAUUAAAUAUCAAAAUUUAAAAGGCGAAUAAAAAUUCUUGUUUAUUUUUUAACAUAUGGUGUAAAUAUUAUAAAAGUUUAUGCGGUUUUUAUGGGUUUUAUAAUUGAGAUGAUUUUUGCCAAUAAUUUAAUUAGCUGAAUAGUUGGAGAAGAGAUAUGAGUUGUAAAAGAAGGUCUACUUUUAAUUGGGGUUGGAGCAUAUGGACAUAUUUUAAUUUUUCCAGAUGAAGAUCAACAACAAAUGGGUCCAAAUUUCUCAAACAUAGUUGGGGCUUGAUUUCAAGCUUGGAUAGUAAAAAGAAUACUUAUGAUUCUAAUAACUUAA